AUGGAUACACAGAAGCCCUCAAGCCCUCUGGUAUCUUCCCAAAAUCAAGCCCGAAUAACGCCAGAUCUAAUGCAACUGAGGCACUCUCUGGGCUUUGGUUUGUCCGGAACCUCAUCCAACCCUUUCAGCUCUCGGGAGAACCUGGUGGAUUCAGGAAAUGUUUUUACCCAGCACGCUCCCGGUAGUAAAUCCAUGGAAGAAGCUUCUGAAGGAAUCCUUGGUUUGCAGACAGAAGCGCGAAAUGCGGCUCGCAUUAUAUCCCAAUCAGCAUUACGGCAAGAAAUGGAAAAUCGCACCCAAGCACCCUGGAACAAUACCGCUGUGUCUUCUAUCCCCAUGGCGCUUUAUCCUACUGAGGGCCAGGUUUCAGUUCCCAUUUUGCUAGACAGCCACCAAGAACAAGCAGAACGUUAUCAAUUCCCUGUCUAUAACCCUCUCGAUGAUUCAGCGCUGGCUUCGGCACCUUCGCAGUUUCCCGUUUAUAACCCUCUCGAUGAUUCAGUACUGGCUUCCGUACAUUCGCAGUUUCCCGUUUAUAACCCUCUCGAUGAUUCAGUGCUGGCUUCGGCACCUUCGCAGUUUCCCGUUUAUAACCCUCUCGAUGAUUCAGUACUGGCUUCCGUACAUUCGCAGUUUCCCGUUUAUAACCCUCUCGAUGAUUCAGCAACAGCUUUGGCGCCGCAGUAUCCUGUCCAUGAUGCCCUUUUUGCAAAAUCCUCCCAGCCCUCAAGUUUAAUCCACCCCAAGAACCCUGUGCAAGGCUCCAUGCCUCCAAAGCCUCAAAAUCACGAUCCCGAUGGUGUGCAUUAUGAUUAUAUGAUAAACCACAUGUUUCCUGUGACUUUCCAGAUUUGA